CUUUGACUAUCCAAUUGACGACUAAAAGGUCAGCAAAGUGUAUUCAACGGCCUGAUACCAGGCUUAAAUUUCGUUACAGGUCCGAUUUGAGAUACGAUGGAAUUCCUAACUGGUGGAGAGUCGACAUCUGUAUGCACUUCUCCGCUCGGUGAUGAGGCUCGGUCUCGAGGAUAUCCGAGGGAUCAGACGAUUCACAGGUAGCAGCAUGGUAAUCCUAUCAACAGGAAUUAUCUAUAAAGCCAAAGAUUCACCUCUCAUCUCGAAACACGUUGCUCGAGACAGCACAAUCACCAACCAGCAUUUCCUCAACGGCUCUGUACACUACCCAAUAUCGACUCAACAGUCUUAGACCAAUUGACUAAUUCGAAGCUUCGAACUCACCAUGACUGAGACUGUUCUUGUCUUCGGCGCCACGGGCAACAUCGGCGUGGCCGUCAUCAUUGGUGCUCUGCGAGCCAAGCGACAUGUUAUUGCCGUUGUGCGCAGUCAAGCCAGUGCUGAAAAGAUGUUCAAGUACGUCGGCAGUCGUGACAACAUCACUGUGGUGGAAGCCGAUCCUACUUCUGAAGACUCUCUCCGAGGAGUUGUCGACCAAGUUCGGGCUGGUAAACUCCCUGCUUUCCAGCAUGUGUGGGCCUCGCCUGGAGGAAUAUACUGGGAGACUCCUAUCCUGGACAUUGACUCUGCGGCUCUUCGUGAGGUUCUGAAAGUGAACUUCGAGUCAUACUUCUAUGCCUAUCGUGCGACAGUGCCCUACUUGCUUGAGCAAGGGUUUGCCGACAGCACUUGGACCUUGUGUACAGGUGCGCAAGGCGACUAUGGUUUCCGCGCCGCUCCCGCAGUGACGCAAGGUGCUCUCUUCAGCUUUGCCAUUGCUGCGUCUCGGGAGAAUGAAAAGACAAACAUCCGCUUCAACGAGGUCUACCUCGCCUACCGAGUUCAAUUCGAAGUCGACGAUGAAAUCAGGAAGGCGUGGGCAGGAUAUCACAUAAACACCUGCGAUGAAUUUGCCCCCUUGUACCAGCAACUCCUGGAUAGAGAGGACAUCAGGGGCAGCAGAGUCAAGGCCAUCACUCCGAAAGAUGUUCUCGAACUCUCUGUUGAAAGGAGAUACAAGGCCUGAUCGUGUACAAUAAGAGAUCACAGUGAUGAUAAGUUGAGCGAGAGACACUGAAGGAUUUGGAUUAAUUCACAUUAGCACGUAUAGAAGUCAACUUUGACUAUUGGUUGAAAAAUGAUUUCAAUAGGCCUCUCAUGGAAGGUAGAGGAUUUACUGUUUCGGGUAAAAAGACUGGCAAGCUGUUGGUAGGUGCUACAACUCGCAUCAAUUGUG